AUGUCGCGACAUAUCUUUCGUCACUUGAAGAUGAGGGGUCUGGAGUUGCUCAUUCUGCUCCUCUCUAGCAGUUUCUCAGUUGCAGAGAGCAAGCAUGCAAACAGGCGAUCAUCAGCGGUAGUGAGCGACCUUUCCGAUGGAUUCUGUCGCAGUUGGAAAUUUGCUGCUCUCAUCGCCAACGAGACUCUUUUUAUGAACGACCUCGACGGUGGACUAUUACCAGGCGAUGGAAAUGCGUCCCACAACUACCUGGUUGAGCUUGACUUGUCCAAACAGCUGGACUUGAAUGACGGUUCAAACUACAAAAUGAGUAUCAUCGACCCUUCCGUUCCCGAGUUGAAAGACCAAGCGCUGUGGGCGAACCAAGACAACACCACCCUUUAUUCAUACGGAGGACGGGGCGCGGGCGAUGUAUCGGAGGACAAUGGCCUAUGGACAUAUAAUCCCGCUACCGAAUCAUGGAAAUUGCAACAAACAAGCAUCAAGCCAACUCGUUAUCAGGCAGGAGCUUCUGUUGAUGCGCGUGAUGUUCAAAGCGCGUUUUGGGUUGGCGGAUAUUCGGACAGUUCAACUACCCCCGCUAUAACCGAUUCUACAAGGGAUUAUUCACCCAAUAUGCUGCAGUUUAACACCACGACUGGAGAGCUCGGUCAGCUCGACGCUCCGUUUGCGCCGGUGCAGAACGGAGGGUUGGUUUACAUCCCCGCGGGGAAAUCGGGUAUAUUGGUAUUCAUGGGUGGUGAGACGCCAUCUAUAGCCAAUGGAAUAAAUGCCACUCUCACCCCGAAUACCUGGGACCAUGUACAAGUGUAUGACAUUGCCGAAAACAAAUGGUACAACCAAACAACGACAGGAACAACCGCAGAACGAAGAAGCGAGUUCUGCGCGACUGUUCACCAAGAUCCCUCGUCGUCAUCCUAUCAAAUAUAUGUCGUGGGAGGAUAUGACUGGGAAUCAGAAAAGCUGAUUACAGAAGUAUCAUACCUGUCCAUUCCGUCAUUUAAAUGGUACCAAGCAGGCGGUCUUGAUAAGGGCAGGAUGUCGCUCACUUGCCAAGCGUACGGUCGACAAAUAUUCGGAGUUGGUGGACGAUUGGCACUGGCCAAUGGUCAAGGCGCAGGAUGCUACACAAUGCCGGCCUUUAUCUACGACGCUCAGUCAGAGGUGACACGGACAUCCUUCAAUCCAGGACUAUCAGGGUACAGCAUCCCCUCCUCAACGAAAGACGAUAUAGAGAAAUCCUCGUAUCCAUCCACCUGGGCAGCAGACGGGCUGAAGGACAUAUUCAUCAAGAGCAGCACCAACUCAUCCACAACCGACACAGCCUCGUCAUCGUCAGGAUCAAACCAAAGUAAAUCUUCUCAGACCGGAGCCAUCGUAGGCGGAGUCGUCGGAGGUGUUGUCGGCGCAGCCAUUAUCGUGGCGCUGGGAUUCUUCAUCCGCAGGCGCAGACAGCCGCAGAACCCGUCGUACGGCAAACAAGACGAGGAUGAAAGAUGGAACAAGCCAGAACUUCCCACCAAGGGGGUGGAAGUCAAUGAAAUAUCUGCCAGAGAAGUUCCAAAGCCCGAACUUCCGACGCAUGAGCGUGAAUUGAAUGAGAUGCCUGCAGGGGAGACCAGGGCUGAGCUAUUGGCUUGA